GCGCUGUUUUCUUGUGACGUCAGUUCCUGUUGUGGCGGAGGCUCGUUUCUGAUUCAAACUGGCUACUAAAAAUAAUCGAUUUCAGCAUAAAAACUCAUAAAAAUCACUGUUUGGAAGCAGCGUUUGGUGUUGAGGAGUGAGGAGAAGCCGGAGGGAUGCUCAGGCUGCGCUCCGUUCAGACUGAAUGAGGAGGAAAAUGGCAGCAAGACGCUGAUGUCAGCAGAAGAUAAACACGAAGACUUGAGAUAUUCCAACUGUUUCCUUCAGGGUUGAACUGCACCAAUACCGUCCAUCACCAGUUGGACGAUCUUUGAUAUCAGAGUGCGGGCCGGACAUGUUGGAACAAGAAUUAAACUAAACAUCUUCUGCAAGGAAUAAAAGAGGACUUCACCAAAGAUGGACAACGGGAACACGAGUGGUCCGAUGGACAGAAAAAGGAUGACCGCCAACACCGUCUGGCAGUGGCGCAUCAUGCAUGUCAAGAAGUACUCAAGAAACCCAGAGCCGUUUCAUUACAGCAACACGAUGGGUUUGGACUUUAAUGUCGGAAUCGCUACAAAUAAGAAACUGGAUCUGCAGGUGGUGACUAACGGAGUAAUUCUGGAGAUCUGCGACUUCGCUAAAACUGUCAAAAAGAGCAGAAGACAUUUUGCUACGAGCAUCCUAGAGAACAAUUACGAUCUGGGUUUGGAAAACGAGCAGCAGCGGAUUUAUUUCACCAAUCAGCUUCUGCACAAACUCAAAGACCUCCGAAGGAAACCACCGACAAAUGAAGUUUUUCCUCUUUUUGAAACAUAUCCGAAUCCAGAGUGUAAAAAAAACAGACGUCAGGUGGAGAUGCGAGUGGUGGAGGUGGAGGACGAUAGCGACCCGGAGGACAUGUUCAUAUGUUCUCAGCUGCCUUCUCAGGAAGUGAUGGAGGAAAUGGACGAACCACUUCCUGUUAACAUGGAGGAUACAAAGCCAGAACCUGCAGAGAAACCCAAACCGGACGUUCUUCCCUUCCGGUUCCCUUGUUGUGAGGCAAUCGGUUUAAGCUUCGACACCGAGUUGAAACAAAUUCUGGAUCCGGGUUUGCUGACGAAGGCGGCAAUGUGGGAGCUGGUGGACUUCACCAUCGUGCUGACGGCAUCCUACCGCUCCAUCAUCCUCGCCAUCCUGGACCACAACUUCAACCUCGAACUCAAAAGCCAGCAGGGAAAAGAUCAAGUUUGCUUCUUGGUGUCACAACUGCUGAAAAGGAGAAAACAGCUUUACAGCACCGGCAUCAAAAUCAGCUCCAAGUUUCAGAAUGAGCCGUUUUCCUUCCAGUCAAACCCCCUGAAAAGAGCCCACGGGACAAACGAGUUCGAGGAGGUGGCAAAACGAAAGAUGUUGGAUUUUAAGAGCGACGUCAGCUGGCAGCAGGGAGAUAAAAUUCACAAACACGUUCUGACAAACGGACCAAACAAAUGGGACGUGGAUCAGGAGGAGAUGGUCACGGAGAGCAACAUGUGGAGGCUACGAGUCAAACGUGUUCGACAAAUCCUCCUCGAGCUGGACAUGGAGUACUGCCCCUUCUUCAGGCCCAAGAAAAUCGACCUGGAAUUCAACAUUGGAUUCAGACCCGAGCGAUACCUCAGUGCCGAGUUUCUGACGAACUCUGUUCUCUAUAAAGUGGCUCGAUUUGCUUUAGCGAUGAGCUCGUCUCAGCGGGAGUUCGUCGUGGACAUUCUGGAGAACAACUUCAACUUAGGCCUGCAAAGCAAACGGCAGAAGUUCACGUUUGGAUGUAAAGUUAUGAGCAAAGUGAGACGACUUAAAAACUGUGAGGACGCCAUCAGAUUCUCAAGAGAGGUUUUUGAACUUCCUCUUUCAGCUUUAUUGGUUAAUCCGGUGAAACAGAGCAAGAGCAGCAGCAAAAUAAAGACAAAGGAGUUGGAAGCUGCUUCCACAAACGCUCCAGAUUCACACGCUCAGAGUAAACCUGGUUCUGGAUCUACACCCAAUUCUGGAUCUGCACCUGAUUCUGGAUAUACACCUGAUUCUGGAUCAAAACCGGAUGCACACGCCACCUCUAACCUUGAUUCUGGAUCAAAACCUGUUUUACAGACUGAAACUGAACCUGCUUCUGGAUCUAAAUCAGACUCAAACGCAGAAACUGAAGCUGAUUCUAUAUGGAAACCUGAUUCACAGGCUGAAUCCGAACCUGAUUCUGGGGUGAAACCUUAUUUGCGCACUAAAUCCGAACCUGAUUCUGAAUCUGAACCUGAUUUGGAGUCUGAACCUCAUUCCCACAGCAGUGUGGAACUGUAUCCUUUCUGCAGGGAGAUCGGUCUGAAUCUACACGAGAUCCAUAAUCGAUCGAUUAGCAUUCUUGACAUCAACAGACUGACAAACGGAGCCAUGAUGGAAGUGGCGGACUUUGCUGAGCAGCUCUGUGGAACAUUUGAGCAGAUUAGUCUCGACGUCCUUCGACACAACUUUGACUUGAACUUGAAAAGUGUAGAUUCUGAGCUUUUCAGAAAGAUCCUCGCACACAUUCCUGUGGUAAUUAUGGAAAGAAACCUAGCGACUUGUGUGAACCACGCAAAAUUUAGGCCGAAAAGAAAUGACGAGUCAGUACUCAUGAGGCUGGAUUACAAGAGCAUCCCUGAUCUAGAACCCUGCAGUUCCGGUUCAAACACGGUUCAAAAUGUGAGCAGUUCUACAGACAUUGAACAACAAAAUGACCCAAACUUCCUGCUGUGGAGGCUGCGGACCAAUCGUAUUCACCAGAUUGUCUCGGUACCUCAUGGAGAACGUUGUCCGCUUUAUUCUUUCCCCAGAUGUAAGAAAUUAGGCAUAAACUUUAAUGUCGCGUCUGGACUCAAACAAAACCUUGAUCCAAAGCUGCUGACCAACGGUGUCAUGGUGGAAGUCAACGCCUUCGCCGCGGCGCUGCAGUUGGCCACGAAACAUUUCAUGGCAGAGAUAAUCGAGUACAACUUCCACCUGCGUUUCAAAGGCGAGCUUCAUCGCAGCGCCUAUGCAGAGCGACUCCUCAGAGAAAUUCUGUUGCUGAAAUCAGCCAGAUCCACCGUCCCGAGACAGAACAUGACUUAUCACCUUCCAGACCCCAGAUUCAUAGAGGAAGAGAGUCCGUCCUGCCCCAAAUGUUAUCAAGAUAGAAAAUAUAAGCGUUAUCCGGCCGAUUCUGACCGAUCUGUGCAUCCGCUUGUUGUGACCGACACAGUUUCUGCAACUCAACAACCCACAACGAAUCCAGCAGAGGAGAAGUUAAUGAGCAAAUACAACAACAGCAGGAGAAUCGGUUUACGCCUGUGUUUGGAGAGACGGCGGCGAAAAUAUAAACUCAACCCGGAUCUGCUGACGUGCAAGGUGAUGAUGGAGGUGUACAUUUUUGCCAGAAAGUUAUCCGGAACCAAACACAAGAUCGUGAACGACGUCCUCGAGCACAAUUUCAACAUAGACAUGCAGAACAAAGACAUCAAUCCUUCGACGCAGUUCUCCAGAAUCGCAGCGCUCAACGCAAGUCUGUCUUGGUUCAACGAGGUGUUCGUCAUUCAGCCGUGCAGCCACAGAGAUCCUGCAGCAGCCACUAACCGUCAAGAUUUAUCCAAAAUGCAGGCAAGUCAGAAGAAGGAAACAUGCAGAAAAAGGCAAAUGGAAUUGCAUUUAAGGGCAAGCAAGAGGUUGAAAGGGUGUCCGGCAGAGGAGGGCGAAGAACACUACAUGUGUCCUGUGGAAGGAGACGAACUGUCAGAUUCAGAGAAAAGCGAAAAUGAGGAUCUUUUAGAAAUCCCAACGAGUUCUCACAUCUCUGAAGAAGCAGAAUCUAUCGCUGAAGGUUCACCGACUGUAAGCACACAAACGAACCCAACGAGUCAACCCGAUCAAAGCCAUCUGCAGGGAGGUGAAGUGCCGAUGGAAAUACCAACAAAUGUACUGACCGAAUAUGAGCUGAGACCAGAGGGUGAGAUGUGGAGGCUGCGUUCGAACCGUAUGAAAGAAAUCCUGGCCCUGAUUGAAAAAGACUUCUCCCCGGUCUUCAUGCGUAAGAAGGUUGAUCUGGAGUUCAACGCAGGACUCGGACCCAGACGGAACUUCAACGGCGAGAAUUUGACGAACUCUCUCCUCUACAAAAUCACAGGAUUUGCCUUAGCGAUGAGUUCGUCUCAAAGGGAAUUCAUCGUGGAGAUUCUGGAGAACAACUUUGACUUGAACCUGCAGAGCAAACACCAGAAAUAUGCGUUUGGAUGUGAAGUCAUGAAAAGACUGAGACGGCUGAAAAACUGCAAGGAUGCCAUUAGAUUUGAGGUUUUCGGACUUCCUGUUUCAGUGUCAUCAGGGGUUACGGUGAAUCACAGCAUGAACAGCGUCCAUUCUGAACUCAGCAGCAUGUCAGGGAUGAAGGACCAUGAAGACACUCCAGAUUACCAAACCAGAACUGAACCUGAUUCUGAGUCGAAACCGGAUUCAAAGGUGGAAUCUGAACCUGACUCUGCAUCUAAACCUGAUUCCCAGAGCAGUGUGGAACUGUAUCCCUUCUGCAAGGCCAUUGGUUUGAAUCUACAUGUGAACUCCAGUCGACCAAAUCCCAAACUUCAAGUCAGCAAACUGACGAAAGGAGCAAUGAUCGAGGUUGUGGACUUUGCAAACCAGCUGUGUGGAACAUUUGAGCAGAUUUGUCUUGACAUCCUCAGGCACAACUUUGAUUUCGACUUGGAAACUACAGAUUCUGAGCUUUUCAGAAAGAUUCUCGCAUAUAUUCCUGCUUUAGUCGUGCAAAGAAAUCUAGCGACCAGUAUAACCUACACGAAAACAAAGCCCAGAAGAAAAGAUCACUCAGUGCUCAUGAAGAUGCAGCAGCAGAACAGCCUUGAUUCAAAACCGUGCAGUUAUGGUUCUGUCCAGACAAAAACAGUUCAAAAUAUGAGCAGUUCCACCGGCGUUAAACAAAAAAAUGACCCAAACUCGCUGCUGUGGAGGUUACGGACCGAUCGAAUCCAGCAGAUCCUCUCAGUGCCUCACGGAGAACGUUGUCCGCUUUAUUCUUUCUCCAGAUGUAAAAAAUUAGGCAUCAAUUUCUACGUGGGAUCUGGACGCAAACAAAACCUCGAUCCAAAGCUGCUGACCAACGGUGUCAUGGUGGAACUGAACGUUUUUGCUGAAGCGCUGCAGUUGGCCAUCAAAGAUUUCAUAACAGACAUAGUGGAUUAUAACUUCAGUCUACAUCUGAGCGGCGAGUUGCAUCGUAGCGCCUUCGCAGUGCACCUGAGGAGGCAAGUUGUGAUGAUGAACGCAAAACGAGUCAGCGUCCCUCACAAGAAGAUGCCUUUUGAACUCCCUGAUUCCAGCUGCAUGGAGGAGGAGACUGUGUACUGCCCCAGCUGCUAUCGAGACAGAAACUAUAAACGACAAACCAACCUCUCUGCUGAUGCACAAAAUUCUGCGAUGGAAUCAACUUUCCGAGCAGCAGAGGCGACAUUACUGACGUCUUACCAUAACUGCAGGGAAGUAGGACUCAGUCUGUGUGUGGACAAAAACCACCCGAAGCAAAAACUCAACCCAGAUGUCUUGACGUGGGCGGUGAUGAGCGAAGUUUAUAGCUUCUGCAAAAAACUCAGGGGAACAAAAAACAGAGUCGUCAAUGAGAUAGUCGAGCACAACUUUAACGUGGACCUGGAGAGCCUGUCGUUGAAACCCUACGAGUGGUUCAGCAGAGUGGCGGCCUCAGGCGGAGAGCUCGCCUGGUUCGACGAAGUCCUUCAGCCACCGAAAUACACUCCACGGACGACUAAACCCAAAGUGCUUCCCGUCGUGGAGAUGACUGAUAGGAAAGAAAUGUUCAGGAAGAGACAGCUGGAGAUGCAAACAAAGAAGGAAAGAGCGACGUUGGAAAGCGAGAAAGCAAACGCAGAGAGGUUGAAGCAAAUCGAGGAGAGAAACAAACGCCGUUAUCCCCUCUGCAGGGAAAUCGGCCUUGACCUCGACAUGACGAAACAAACAGCAGACAAGAAGAAACUGCACUUGAGACACCUGACCAGAAACGUAAUGAUGGAGAUCCACAGCUUCAUAUUCAGGAAAGGAUCGCGACACUUCCAGAGCACUCUGUACGAGAUCCUCAACUACAACUUUGAUCUGAGCUCGCAGGAUUACCGGCGCUGGCAGUUUGCCAACGACAUCGCGACUAAAGUCAAGGCCAUGAUCAAAGAUCCGAAGAGUCGAAGGCGUCGGGGAGGAAACGGAGUCUUCAAGUUACCAUUUGCGUACAAGAACACGUCGAGAAGCUUCACCCAAAUACAGCAGAACAGGAGCUUCUCUCUGGAAGAAGCUCAGAGGAAAGCCAACGAAGCCAACCAAGUCCAGCAAGUUUUAUGCUUUUCAGACGUCACUCGGGUUUUUGUUCUCAAUGACGUCCAGAUUAAAGACGAGUCCUGGUUUGGUGGUGAAGAUGCAGUGACUCAAACUGAACCUGGAACAGCAUCGCAGACAGACAACGGUCAAAUAUAUGGAAACCUGCAGAUCAAAGAGGAGGAGUUUGAUCCAUGUUAUGCAGAAAUGAUGGAGGAGAACAACGUCAAAACUGAGUCAAACACUGAGCAGGAACCUGAUCAUGAGAUAAAAACCGAAGAUGAGGACGUCCAGUGUUACGUCCCACCUGCACCACCAGCUCCAGAAGGUUCUAGGAUGGUUCCUCCAAACUCCGGAGGCGUUGAGCUGCUGCAGCUAGCAGCUUCUCUGGGAUACACCAUGGUCACCAUCGGUCAGGACACCCCGGUCAAAGAAGAGCAGCAGGAAGGAGUCGAUUCAGCCUCUGAGACUGAAGUCAAACAGGAGCCGUGACGGACCGAAAGAGUUUAAACCAAACAUGCAUCAGGUGCUGAAAAGUUUACGAAAUAUUAUCAGUUGGUUUUAAUGUUCAUCUUUUUUCUGGUUAUUUUUGAGUAAAACUUCAACUUUAUUGAAUCUGAAAUGAUGGUUAAAAUUCAUCGAAUUCAGAUUUCAGACGUUUGAAGGAUUCUGGUCUGUAAAUGUUCUUAAAACCUGUUAUGUAAUUUUUCUUACUGUUUCUUUUUAUCUCAGUUGAAGUCAUUAGGAUGUUUUUGUGUCUUAAUUUUGAAGAUUUUCAUAUAUUUUGUCAUUUUAUUCUUCAAAAAGAAGAAACCACAUUGACACUGUUGACUCUUCUGUAACCUGAUAAAGAUGAUAUUUAUCAGUAUUUGAAGUACUGACUGCUGUAUUGCUCCUCACUGUUACACUACGUUUUAUAUAAACUUCUGAAAGCA